AUCAGGAAUUGUGAACCUUACUUCCAAUUGCGUGCCUCUAAAUGAAGUGGAACCACACUUCGAGCCACUCAUCUUGGUCACUUAGCCGAAUAGAAGCAUCUGAAGAACGGAUAGUAUCUGAUGUGUCGAAUACAACGGACGACGACAUCAUAAACCACAAUUUCAAGCUCAAAGAAGUCGAGAAGAACGAGUCCGUUCUGCGGACGACCGUCCACAUUUAAAUUAAGUUUGUUCGAACGACCAGUUUAGUCGACGAGAUCCAAUAUUUAAAAUGAUUUUUCUUCUAUAAAAUUAACCGGGAGUGUGGAGUGGAAUCUAUAUUAAAAAUAUAAACUUUCAUAUUGUAUUUUCUCGUCAUUUGGAUUUUCGAAAAUCAUAAUUUUCGAGAUUCGACUAUCUGGAGAGAUGAUCUAUUCGCCCAUUUACAAUUUCAAACUUCAUAAUAUUGGAUACCGAAAGUAUAGAAGUGGAAAAGUGAAUGGAUUUUUCAUGACUUAAUAUAAAUAAUUAAGAUAUUAAUUUAUUGUUUCCGUCAUUAUCUUACUUAAAUGCGUACAUUAAAUCAUCUUCUUACGUCAAAUAAUAUCUAACGAACCAUAAUCGAAUAAUCAGUGCAUCAUGUCCGGUGAAAGUGUGGUCUAAAAAUAUUGUGCAAACCAAUGGUAGCAACUUGAUAGUAUGAUUAACUAGAGGAUCAACCGUUUUGAAGGAAUCAGCGAACUUUGAAAUAUAAUCAACUGCGUAGAAUAAUGGAUAAGCAAGAGGAACAAAAGGAAGUAUCUCUUCCGGGCGCUGGAGGAGAGGAACCGACGAUUCUUGAAGUACUUAAUAGGAACCUUAUUAGUGAAUGUGAUAACGAGGUAACUGACCAGCAGCGGCAGCAAGAAUUGCAACAGCCAAACGAAGAUCAUCAUAUUGAUGACAUCAGUCACGAUGAAAUUAACGAUAAUAUUCAACUAGAUAUACGUUACGCUGCUUCGCCACAAGUGACCGAUUUAGAUGUAGAUGAUAAUGAGAACGACAGAAAUCGUGUAUUCGAGUUCGAGUCUCACUUAAUUGCAGAAGACGAAGCAGCGGUCGCCUACGAGACUUGUGGCCAGGUUAUAUCCGAAAUAGAAGCAGAUCCAGAUACACGGACUGACGAUAUUGUACCGGAUUCUGAAAAAACUGAAAGUGCUAAAUGUGAUAUUAUCCCGCUUGAUAGUUCCACGGUAAGUGAAAGUGAUAAAGUUGAUCGAAGACUGCCAUUAAUUGAUAGUUCCACAAAACGACUCUCGUGCGUAGAGGAACGAUCCAAUGAGUCUGAGUCGUCACAUUCGGAUGAUAAUAGUAAACAAACAGUAGUGCCCGAGCGGGAAGAAAGUGUUGAUCGACCGUGGUAUCAAGAUGAUGAUUUAGAUCCUGAAGAUCAGAGAAUCAUUCAAGAAGCAGUUGAAAGUAUACUAAAAGACGCGAAACAACAACUCAUUGAUGAUCAAAUAAACUUGGACAGUCGACAAAGCGAACCAGUGCUUCUAGAUGACUCGCCUCUGCAAACACCGCACUUGAUACUUUCAAACCCAUUGUUUCAAAAACCACUUGAACCAGACAGUUCCCCACAAGUAGCUCAAUCGCUAACCCCAAACACUGACAACGAUAUUGAUACACCUUCACAAUACAGUCCUAUUCCCUUACAAGAACAAACAUUAUGUGAGGCUUCCAGCCCUGAUAGUGGAAUUGCAAGCCCAGAAGCUAAAAUCGGUCAGCCCCUCCUUGAACCCAUCAGCCCACAUAACGCACCAAGCCCUGAACCAAGAAGUCAAACAUCAUUACAGUCGUCCAAUUCACAUGAUAGUGGAGUCAUUAGUCCUGUUGAAGUUGAAACCAAAAAUACUAAAAACGGAAUCUCGGCCACCAACGAAAGCGACAUAGAUACAAACCUCACUAGUCUCGAAACCAAAGUAAACAACCUCGAUUUCCAAGAGGCCAUUGUGACCACUACACCUACCGUUCAUGGCCCCUUGCCUUUGGAGGAUCAAGCACAAGUUAUUAGUAAAGAAGAAGAAACUAGUCAUUUUGUGCAAGAUAACCAGGAUCAAUCCGAAUCAGCUGGAAAAGAAACUACGAAAUCAUUAGAAAAUAGCACCGACGCAACACACAAGCCAGAGGAAGAAUCAGAAAAAUCUGACAAAGAAAAUCUGAACAAGCAUACAAAUCUAGAUAGUAACUUGAAAACACGACCUAUAGAUACAGACGCUGUAAUUUUAUCUACUGAAGCCAAAAAGGAGUAUUACCAACGAUUGCGGGAGUAUCUAGAUGACGAAGAAUUAAACAGACCACCAAUUCCUUUGAAAACAUACCAGUGGGAAGAUAUACGUAGAUUAAAGGAACAGGGUGGAUAUCCAUGGACACAUUUAUAUAAACGACCAUUGGGCCCGGAUGAAGAACCCGAGUUUCUUACUUUACGAAAAUCACAGGAUCGUCAACGUUUCUCUUCCGAAUCUCCUAAAUCUACCAAAAAGGUCGUACGCAUUCAUGAAGAAGUAUUAGUGAAAGAAACUGAACGAUACAUAAGUGAACUCAGUGACGACGAAAGUGUAAGUGACGACGACGAAGAGGAGGGAGAAGUAGACGAUCGCCCCGAAGAUCAGAGAGAAGAAGACGACGUAUUGCGGCCAGACGAUUCUGAAUGUCAGCCAAUAGAGGAUAACUUUAGUAUUCAGAGCGAACCGAUUUUUUCAACAUCCUCUGAUGAUAAAUCAUCAAAAAUCACCAGAAUAAAAGGAAUCCUUAAAAGGCGCUUAUCAUUGAAACAAUCGAAACCUGGUUCGGCUCCUGAAAGUCGAGCGGAGCAAUCUACACCCACAUUAAGAAAAAGACGUUUUGUUGGUACUGAAAGAUUAGCUAGGUGCUGCCAACCAAUCAUGAAUAAACUUAAGUCUAUGGCCGAUAAACAAUUCAAAAGGCGCAACAUCAAGAGAGUUCCCUUAAAAGAUAACGAAAAGGUAGUGCUUACGGAAAAACAGAAGAUUCUGAAAUUGAAAUCUUCACCAAAAGCUGACCAUGGUCAGAUACCGCAUUUCAUUGAGAAACAAGACAGUGACGAUAUCCUGGAAAUUCUUGAGCUUGAAGAAUCUCCGAGCAAAACCAGGAGACUCAGGCAAGAAGAAAAAGCUGAAGAAGGAAGUAGCAUCCUUGUGCCUGAUGAAAUCAUAGAACUGCCUACGUCAUCCAUUGCUGAACAAAAUGAAGCUCCAGCAGAGACAUCCCCACCGGCCGACAGUCCUUCACAAGAAGGACCUGAAGCGGAUAUACCUCUCGAAUCGGAUGAACCAGUUUCACCUGUAGUGCGAAAGGAAGACUUGAAGCUCGACUUAGGACAACCACCACAAAAAGCUCCAAGACGCCGAAAGGAGCAUAUUUAUGAGGAUAUCGACGAUGAGGAUAUUGAGGCAAAAAUUGAUGAAAUUCUCCAAGAAGCUGUCGACAGUGCAACAAGAAUUUCACAGCAAAUAGAAGAGGAAAUGAUGAAAUCAUCACCUGCGGUACAACGUAAAGACUUACCUGCUGCCCAAGAAGAAGAUAUUGAAUUGAAAAUUGUUGAGGAUCAGGAAAAAGAAGAACUUUUGGAAACCAAAGAUAUUGAAUUGAAAUCUGCUCUAAAACGUGAACCAUCACCUGGCUCUGAUAAGCGAGUGACAUUUUCGCACACAGAGGAUGAAGCAGAACCACUUAGGGAGGAUAUAAUUUUGGCAGAGGAAUAUAGGGCGCCUAAUCGAUGGUCGAAUACUGCCGAUCAUGAAUAUGAACCAAUCGGACAACCUUUGGAUGAAGCCCAGCCACCAGAGCGUAUGGAAGUUGACAAAGAGCCAUCACCAAUACCAACUUUCCAAAUCUCUGAACCACCAGCCGAUAGUCAUCCAUCUGCAAUGGAGGUAGAGACAUCUAAUCUAGACAAGAGGGAGCUUGCGGACGAAGAGGAAGAUCAUGAACCUACUGCUUUUGAACAGCAACGAGAUAUUGAGGAGAGAUACUUCAGCUCAGUACCGACUACUCCAAGGACAGAUUCUCGAACAGACAAUGAAAUCCAUACCAGCCAAGUGGAUUCGAGUGCUCUUGAAGAAUUGCCUUUGAAAGCAGAAAACAGGAAGAAAGGUUUUAUGGCGAGUGCUCAAGAUAGAAGUCGUAAGAUGUCGGAGAAUCUAAGAUCACAAGCUGGCAAGAUCAGAACCAAAAUUCGUGGCAGCAAGAAACCUCCGUCGGGAAGCCCUAAAGCGAAGGAAAGGAAGCGUUUCAAGAAGCCUGACUUUUCAAAAAUUAAAAUGCCUGAAAUCAAGCGGCCAGAGCUUCCCAAAUUCAAGUCUCCGGAGUUCAAGCGUCCAGAAUUCACGAAAUUUGAUAAGCCGAUUUUCACAAAGCCAGAUUUAUCGAAGUUUAAGAUUCCCGAUACGAUGACUAUCAAGUUGAAACGUUCUCGUUCACUAAAGGAAACCGAUGUUCCUUCCACGACUACAGCAACAACGCCAGAAUCGACAGCCAGCCCAGAAUCAGCAGCCAGCCCAGAAUCGGCAGCCACGCCCAAAAAGAAGUUCGAAUUCCAUUUCGGAACGUAUCCCAGGAUGCUUCGAAAACGAAAGCAAAAAUUAUCGACCAUUGUGAUUGCUAAGGCAGAUGAUUUACCAAGUACCGAAUCACCACCUUCGGUUGAAUCAACCACACUUCCUCGUCAAGAAGGUGGCCCUGUUUCACCCAGGUGGACUGACAAAUUCUCGGAUGUGAGCUAUGCAGACAGUGAAAGCGGAAAGUACCAAAGGUACGGAAGUGAAGUUGAGAGCUUGGAAAGAGAGUCAUCCUUAGAACGUCGUAUGAAAGAAGAUUUAGAAAGAAGCUCUCAUGAACAAGACGAACUUGAGAUGGUUCAUUCUGUAGAGCAGAAGCAAUUCGCAGAUUAUGAUGAAGAAAAUCGCGCAAUUCACGAAAUUUCAAAGAUCCGUGAAGGAGAGUUCAAAAAACGCCGCCCUAUUGUUCAUCAAGAUUCCGAUUUGGUCUCGGAAGAAAGCAAGGAUGUCGGUUGGAGUGAGAAAGAUGCGAUUCGAAACGCCUUACUAAAGGGUGAAGAAGAGAUGGACGUUGAACAUCUUCACGAACCGGAAAAGUAUCCAUCGGAAGAGGGCUUAGGAGGUUCUAUAACCAAUCAAGAAACUCAGUCUACAGCCAGUUCUGGUACCCGACCUAAAGGAGUAAUAGAGGAGAUCGACGAUGAUGAAUUUAUCCUGCGAAAACGCGGUAUUUCGCAAGAUAAUAUCGAGAUCAGACAAUACAUAAGUGACGCUAUAAGGGAAGGCCUAACGACGCCUAGGAACACGUUAGCCCAACUUGGGGACAAACAACGUUAUUAUGCUGAUGAUGAUGUUAGCAAUGAACAAAUUAACUUUGGAUACGAUGUGCCACCACCCAAACCUAAACGUGCUCAUAAAAAUUUAAACGAUUUCGAUCGUAACCGCGACACUGAGUCUAGAGAAUUAUCUCAAGAUUUUGAAGGAGAUCGACGUGGAAGCUUUGACGAUAACACUUCGUUGCCUCAUGAUACCGAGCACUAUUUCUCCAACAUACCACCAAGCCGUCCUCACCGUAAAUCGAAACAACAUUUUCCUGAACACGAGGACCAUGAAGUGCCGUCCGAAGAUUUACCUUACUUGGAUGAUGAAGAGGACAGUUUACUGUUCAAGAAAAUCAACAUCGACAACUACAAACAACGUCAGGAAGAGGAAGACCAGGAUGCUGCACCUAUGGAACACUUGAAGCCAGCUACACCACCAAAGGCACCAAAGCGCCGGAAAAAGCAGCAACGGGCGUCUAUCGAAAAAGACUCUUACGCAAAUCGCUUCGCUGGGCGAUCUGUCUCGAAUAGUUUCUUGCCAAGUGAAGAACGGGAUGAAGAUUUUAUAGUGUACCGAACGCAACAUGAAUACAUUAUUCCUUUGGCUCAAGCAGAAACGUUCUCCACGCCCACCCCGGCCCCAAGAAGAUCUAGAUCUAGAUCGCAAUCCCACAUGACUGACGACGAUCGUACUUCUCGCGGAGCAGAAUCUCUAAUUUCUGAAUCGAUUCCGAUCGAAGAGGAAAAAUUUCAUAUUGAUAUGAAAGAAACUGAUGGGUAUGCAACUGUUCGCAAGGAACCACCACCAAGACCACCUGCACCCAGACGUCAUAGAAAAUCAAGUCCACUCCCGGAACAACACUUUGCCACUAUGCCGCAUUUAAGGAAAGAUUCAGCACCUCACAAGAUCCAACGAAAUUUUAAUACCAUGGGCCCAUCUCGGCCACCACGCCGAAGGUCUUCAGCCAGCAUAGGGGACAACGAAAAAAAUGUAAGUUCUCCAGAUGUAACUCAAUAUGAAGAGCUUGAUAUCGGCGAAGUAGAUGAGGAGCUUGACUCGGGAAGUCGAAUGGAAUCACCCCGUGGAGACUUGCACUCUGGCGAUGUUAUUAACAAAAUGAAAUUCCGGCCGUUGCCCCCACCUCCGCGUCCACCUCGCGAAAGUCGAAAGAAAGACCGAAAGGACCCUCGGGACGAAUUCGAUGACAAGCACGAUAGGGAUGAUGGAGCUGAAAAAAUUGGAUACGAUCUCCACCUAAAUGGUGACUACGACGUAGAGAAGCAUACAGAGAAAUGCAUUGAGGUUGAAGUCUCCACACAAACCGACCCCUUACCAGAUGACUUUUGCUGCGAAGAAUUCGAGAUAACCGAUGAUAUGAAGGUGAUUGAGCCUCGGGUUGGUAGAACGUUACAGGAUAUUCUGGGAGACGAGCCAGACCAGCAAGAAGAUGAUAGCCUCUCCAAAUCCAUUCAACGGUUUCGAGAGGCUGGCCAAAGGAGUUUUUCUGAACGGUCACGAGGAUCCACAGCUGAUCGUUCAAGAGCUUCACUGGGAAGCCGACCAACAACACCAAACGCUAUUGUUUUCGAAAAACGUGUACCUACACCAAUUCCUGGUAGUCAUGGGGGCGAAACAAUGCUAGAGGCAUCUAUAACUGUUUUGCCCAUUGACGAUUUAGAUUACGACGAAGAAGAGCAAGACAAAGUUGAUGAGCCAAAAGAAACCGAACAUCAAAUUGAGGAGCCUGUUCAGGAGGAAGAACCAAGACUGAUAACAGAUCAUUUACUCGUUGAGUGUGAAUCUGUGCAUGGAAUGACUGAUGACCAGAAAGAAGAAUCUUUAGCAAAAGAAGAGAUUUCACUUAGAGAAGAAGAAUUGGCAAAAGAGGAGUCACCGCCGAAAGCACCUCCAAGGAAAAGGCCAUCAAUUACAGUUGAAUCAUCACCACCUGCCGAAGAGCCUGAACAAACUAAAGAAAUUGCCGUCUUGCCAACAACCUUAGAUGUCGCUCCCCAACCAGAAAUGCAAGUAGAAAGGUCGCCACCGUUGCCAUCAACACUAUCAAUAGCCGAUCUAGAAGUAGAAAGACUGAGCGUGCAUGAACUCCAAGCUGGUAACAUAACAGUCUCCCAGUUGCAGAGCUCUUUAAUCAAAACGGAUGAACUCGAGUGCAAAUCCAGUAAUGCACCGCCUUCAUUGGAGCUUCCGCCUGGUUUAAUUGACGAAAUUAUCAGGCGAGUGCGCAGUUCAGAAAGCGAAUCUCACACAGUAGAAACUCAAACAAUUGAUAAGCCUCCAGAAUCACUAACAACUCCAGCAGCUCCUACUACCCCUGAAAGUCCUCUACCUCCCCGUCCGCCACUCCCUCAACAACAGCCCGAAGACAGUCACCAACCACCAAGCUUCCAAACUGAAUAUAUGCAAUAUUCAGUUCCACCACCCUCUUUCUACACUCUCCGAGACCCUUCAGAAGGUGAACUCCAUCACAGCUCCGCACAUCGUAGACGCCGACAUCAUCGCCGAAGAGACUCUUCCUCAGAUGAAGAAUCCCACAAGGAGCAUCGUCGCAGCAGGCACAGCACAAGGUCCCCUGAACCAACGAUCGCACAACUGGGCGGACAGUUGUUGCACGCCUGUGGAAAUUCCCUGAUGCACUCUAUGAAUCAAAUUGUCAAUAUUCUCCGAGCCAACGAAAAGGAAGGAAACGAUAGGAACCUCAGUACGGCCAUUAUUCUUGUGAUAUUCGUGACCAUCGGAUUCCUUCUUCUGGGAAUAUCUGGGAACAAGAAUAUCCACCAUCAUCACUGGGAUUACUUCAAUCCACCAGACAAUAAAGGACGCUAGUUACUACGAGAAUGGAUGCAAGUCGCGCCUAAAUACAAUAAAUACAUGUAUACAUAGAUAAAUCGAUAUUCAAGCUCAAUUCAGUCAACGAAAGAUAGUUUUCUGCAUUUUAUUUGGAUUUUUUUCUACGAAUAGGAAAUAUGAACUUUCGACACAAUCAUAAAACACAUAUACGUGCAUGCAUAGUUGAAUCACCGUUUCGAAAUUGUAGCCCAUCAUCUUUUGUAAAGGAAAUCAAACAGGAUUACUGGAUAGAAUGCUUCCGGAGAUCUGCUUGAGAGAAGUACGAAAUGAAAUGAAACAGUUUCUUGUUAUUUUUGACAAAAUUGCCUUGUUUUUGUUAAGAUCAUAAUAAAAUUUAAAAUCCUUGAAGAAAAGGCGGAGUUUUCAAUU